ACACAGCGGAGAGGAAACACGACAAUCCUACAUCGCGAUAAUCACCGGAGCAAUUGCGAGCGAACCCGACGUCUCCCAUGGAGAUCGACCCCGACAUCUCCCGAUGGAUCCUCGAGUUCCUCCUCCGCCAGCCCCUCCUCGACGACCGCUCCGUCAAGCUCGCCCUCUCCCUCCUCCCCCUCCCCGACUCCGACCUCCCUUUCAAGAAAUCCGUCCUCCUCCGCUCCAUCCAGUCCGAGAUUGAUGCCGCCUCCCUCUCCGAGAACACCCUCGACGCGCUCGAGGUCAUCGAAGAGGUGGACAGGAUGGCCGGCGGCCCCCCUGUCUCCGACGCCAUGCGGGAGGCGUACCGCUGCGUCGCCGUGGAGUGCACCGUCAGGUUCCUGCACGGGCGGGUGGACGAGCGGGGCGAGUAUUUCCGUGCCGUGGAGACCAUCUGGCGUGGGAGGGUUCGGAAGAUGGAUGAGUCGGCCGCCAAGAGCGGGCUUCUGUCGCCGGAGUUGCUCCGGUGGAGGCUCCGCUUCGAGGCGGCCAUGCAUGACGGGGCCGAGCGCGAGAAGCUGUUGGCGCUGAACACUAGAGGUGAUGCGUUUAGGUCGGUUAGGGCUUAUUUGGGCGAGGCGUGGGAGGGGAUGGGUCCUUCUUUCUUUGAGGUCGCGGCGAGGCAGAUGGCCGAGGCUAAUCCGGAACUGGUUGUCGCGAAUGGUCGAAUGGAAGCUCGCGCAGGUGAACGAAAUGAAUUGCCCGACACUAGAGCGAGUGCAGAUCUGAUUAGCCAAAGACCACCUACAAGGACAGAAGAUGAUGGGAAAAUCCCUGAAACAUCAAAGCGGGAUGAGGAAUUGAUCAAAACUAAGCAGCUUGCCCGCCAUAGGCGAUCCAAAGGGGGAGUUAAGAUCAUUGCUAAUAAUGGGGAAACCGGAACAGAUGCAUCACAUAGCGAAUUUGAUACGCUCCUUUCAGCUGAUGUAAAUAGAGUUCAAGAAGCGCUCAAAUCUAGUUCUGUGGAGCUGCGAGCAGUGGUUGCGGACCCGCUUCCUGAUGCAAUACGAUUGGCCGACUCCCUUGUGCAUAAUGCUGCCAGGUCAUCUACGAAUUUUGAAUGUGCAGAAGCACAGAUUAGGGAAGAUGUUAUUGCAUCCGAUGCCUCCGCCGACCAAAAUGUUGGGCCUGUUCCAGGUGGUGAAGUAAAUCAUGUUAACAAGUCAACCGGCCAUCAGAAUGACCAGUGUAGAGCUAGUUUGUUUGAAAGGAAUAGCUCUGCUCGUACAUAUGAGUGGGACGAUUCGAUAGAUGGCUCGCCUGAAGAACCUCCGGGUGACUCAGAUAGGCUUCACUUACCCAGCCCAAGAAGAAGCGCCGUUUCUCCUUUGAGGAAGCCAUUGACUCGGAGUUUGAAAGUUUCUGGACGGAGAAAAGUAAAGAGAUGGAGUUUGGAGGAAGAAGAAACUUUGAGGAAUGGUGUCCAGAGGUUUGGCAAAGGAAAUUGGAAGCUCAUCCUACACUGCUACCGCCACAUUUUCGAGGAGAGAACUGAGCUUUUCUGUUCAGGUGGACCUGAAGGACAAAUGGAGGAACAUGACCCGCUACUGAAGUGCAAAUAGUCGGUGUUUCUCUCAGUGCUGGAGAGGCUUGCCGGCCCCUCCGUCUCUUGCCGGUGCAGAAGUUUGUGUCUUAACUUAGUCGUUUUAACCAUUCAUAAUGUUGUCUAUGUCCAUUCGAGUGUUCAAAGCUUCCUCAAAGCUAGUUUGUGCUCAGUGAAGUACGUCAAGUGUACAUUAGUAGAAUAGGAUGUAAGUAGGUGUAGUUACUCUUGGGGGCCUUGAAGAGCUUGGAACAAUGAGAAAAAGGUUGUCUUUUGA